AUGGAUAUGUUUAGUCUUCAUCAAUUAAUUGCGGCGCCAAUAAAAAAUCUUAUACAAUUUCAACGUAUAAAAGAAAUAAAAUGGAUGAAUCCUCGGGCAUGUACAAAUGAAGCAUAUGUACCUACUUCGAUAGAACAUGUUGCAAAUGUAGCUACUCAUGGAAUUUGGGUUGUUCCAUCUGUGAUAGCAGGUUGGGAACUUGUUCGCCGUUCUAUAACAUGGUCACAACUAAUAUCAGCUUAUGUAUAUGGUACAUCUUUGAUACUUGUUUUUACGGUAUCAACAUUUUUCCACAGUGUACACUAUUGCAAUAAUAACAGACAACUUAAAGACGCAUUACAUCGUUGCGAUCGUGCUAUGAUUUACAUUUUUAUUGCUGCUAGCUAUUUUCCUUGGUUAAAUGUUGAUCAUUUCCCCGACGAUGAAUUAAUGUUUGCAAUGCGUUACCUUGUUUGGAUAAUGGCAAUUUUAGGUAUACUUUAUCAACAAAUCUUCCAUGAACGAUAUAAAAUGUUAGAAACAAUUUUUUAUUUAAUUAUUGGAAUUGGUCCUAGUGUUGCAAUUAUUAACGUUUCUCAUUAUUAUGAUAUUGCUGAGCUAAAAAUGGGAGGAUUCUUUUACAUCUUUGGCUUGCUGUUUUUUAAAUCCGAUGGUCGAAUACCUUGUGCACAUGCAAUUUGGCAUGUGUUUGUUGUUAUAGCAGCUGGGUUGCAUUAUUAUGCUAUACUAAGUCAUGUCUUUCCAAUGAUUAAUUCUUCAGAUAAUUUCGUGACGAAAGAUGUGCCAUCACUACCUACAUUAUUAAAAUCUCAUAUUGAAGAACUAUAAAAAUAUAUUUUUUAGCAUUAUUUUCCUAUAUAACAAAAAUUGUAUAAAUUAACACUUUUUAGAGGAAAUUCAUGUACAAGGAUUUUAAUGACUGUAUUUAAUCUUUACAUGUUUUAUAAUUAGUUAACUUCACAAAUAGAAAAUUUGUAAUGUGAAAAUGUAAUAUAUUUAGAAAGCAAUUACAUUAAGUACCUGAGAGGAAAUUAUAUUCACAAAUUGUGAAUAUUAAAAUAUUACUAAGUGGACUGGUAGCAGGAAGCUAUCACUUCGUUCUAACAAAAGACUAGUAUUUAAAUUGUAAAUUUUAAUAUAUUUAUACCAAAAGAACAAAUUAUAUGUUUUAGUAAUUUAGAAAAUUAAAUGUAAUACUCCUUUCAGAUAAUGCCCAAAACAUUCUACAGUGAUUAUUUUUUUAAAAUGCUAAAUGUUUUUCUUUUAUAGUACAUAAAUACUUACAUUAUCACAUCCUUUAAUGUAAAAUAUAUACGAACAUCCUGUAAUCAACAUACUAGUUACCUAAUAAGUAAGGAAAAAUUGUUUAUGUUAGAGAUUAACUAAAGCCUACAAGAAUGACUUUUGUAUUUAUGAACAUAUUGUGUCAAUGAAUUGUACAACUUGAAUAACAUGUAAGGGAAAAUAUUCAUAAGUAGUAAAUUCAUUAAUUAUAUGGAGAAAAACAUAUAAGAAGAUUUAUUUUCUUAAACAAA